AUGGCGCAGACAUUCCGUCAAUCCAUCGUCACAAUCGCUGGACCAGCAGCAGACAAUACCGAUGCAGGGUUCCUUCGCGAGCGACCAGCACCCAUCGUGGAGCCUUGUGAGCUUGAGCUGCGAGAUAGGAAUCUCAAAGUCUUGGGUACAGUUACCAUAAGCUUCCUAGACUACUAUGACAGCCCUCUACCAAGGCCAGAGAAAGACUUGCCGUUGGCGACUCGCGCCUGGAUACUGCAAGAGAGGCUGCUGUCUCCGCGAAUCUUGUACUUUGGUAGCGGGAAGAUGUACUGGGAAUGCCAGUCAGUGGAAUGGUACGAGAAUCUGCUAUACCUUUGGGUUGAGAUAGCCCUUCCAACUGUUUCGAAGAGGGUUCUGUCGGCGCCACUGGAUGAUUUCAAUUUGCGUGCACUCUGGUAUCUCAUCGUUGGCACCUAUACUCAAUGUAAGCUCACGGACGGAAACGACAAGCUACCCGCGCUCUCAGGUUUAGCCUACCAAGUUCAGAAGAUGAACAACGACACUUACCUUGCCGGAUUAUGGAAGGAAGACCUACUCACCGGUUUAACCUGGUACACGCCAAACCAAAGCGUCCACAAGCCCAAGAGCCUAAGGCGGGCGAAACAGAACGCACCGUCCUGGUCUUGGGCGGCCUGUGAUGAUCGGGUCCUUUUUCUCAACAUGUUUUCAAGGCCUAAAGAAAACCUAAGGAUUGACCUUGAGAUUACAGAUGUUCAAGCGGAAGCUGUUGGCUAUGAUCCGUACGGUCAAGUGAAUUUCGGUAGGCUGAAAAUUGAAGGUAAGCUCAAAGCUUCUGUGAUUCGGAGAUUUUACCACCGUGAGCUCGCAGUCUACAAACUUGACUUAUGUAUGUCUGGAACGGACAAUUGGAAGUUCGCCGAAUACUACUCAGAUGCGGGAGAGGCGGGAAAGGCGGCUUCUUUUGUUCAAAGCGAAUCGGACAUAUAUGAGCGUAACGUCAAUACUUUUUUGAUAGAUUUGGGACAGCGGAACAGGUGGUCUGGCCUGGCACUGGUUGCAGAUGAUAGAGUGCCUGGUGUGUACAGACGGCUGGGCCUAAUCCAACAUACGCCGUUGAAUCGCUUUGAUCCUAACGGAGCGCUGGACCUUUUGACGGAAGAGGCUGCACAAUGGUUCGAUGGCUGCGAAAAGGUUCAAUUGGACAUUAUGUGA